GUGAGCAGUGUGCUCCGAGUAGGGACCGGGGGCCGGGAGUCGCUGGCCCCGCUGCCGCGGCCGGGGGACACCUGCGUGGGCGGUGACGGGCGGCACGGCCUGGCGGCAGCGGUGCUACUGUCGCGGUCGGGAAGUGUUCUCCAGUUUUACCGUCAAAACGUGAGGGAAAACGAACUGGCUCUCUCCACAGAAAAUAUAGUAAGCUUGCCAAAAGCAUAUACUUGCCUGGAACAAAGGAUGUAAUGGAGCUGCUUGAAGAAGACCUCACAUGCCCAAUUUGCUGCAGUUUGUUUGAUGACCCCCGAGUGUUGCCCUGCUCACACAACUUCUGCAAAAAAUGCUUAGAAGGGCUCUUAGAGGGGAAUGUGCGGAAUUCCCUGUGGAGACCAUCUCCCUUCAAGUGUCCUACCUGCCGUAAGGAAACCUCAGCUACUGGAGUCAACAGUCUGCAGGUCAAUUACUCCCUAAAGGGUAUCGUGGAGAAAUACAACAAAAUCAAGAUUUCUCCCAAGAUGCCAGUGUGCAAAGGACAUUUGGGGCAGCCUCUCAACAUCUUCUGCGUAACUGAUAUGCAGCUGAUUUGUGGGAUCUGUGCUACUCGAGGCGAGCACACCAAGCAUGUCUUCUCUUCUAUUGAAGAUGCCUACGCUCGAGAAAAGAAUGCCUUUGAGUCCCUCUUUCAGAGUUUCGAGACUUGGCGCCGGGGAGAUGCUCUUUCCCGCUUGGAUACUUUGGAAACAAACAAGAGGAAAGCCCUCCAGUUACUCACGAAGGAUUCAGAUAAAGUAAAGGAGUUUUUUGAGAAGUUACAGCACACCUUGGAUCAAAAGAAGAAUGAAAUCCUGUCUGACUUUGAAACUAUGAAGCUUGCAGUUAUGCAAACCUAUGACCCGGAGAUCAACAAAAUCAACACUAUUUUACAGGAGCAGCGGAUGGCCUUCAACAUUGCUGAGGCUUUCAAAGAUGUCUCAGAACCUAUUAUAUUUUUGCAACAGAUGCAAGAGUUCAGGGAGAAAAUCAAAGUAAUCAAGGAAACUCCUUUGCCACACUCUAAUUUGCCCACAAGCCCUUUAAUGAAGAACUUUGAUACCAGUCAGUGGGGAGACAUUAAACUAGUUGAUGUGGAUAAACUGUCUUUGCCGCAAGACACAGGUGUGUUCACUAGCAAGAUUCCCUGGUACCCCUAUCUGCUGCUCAUGAUGGUAGUUCUGCUGGGUCUCCUCAUAUUCUUUGGCCCCACUGUAUUCCUGGAAUGGUCUCCACUUGAUGAAUUGGCAACUUGGAAAGACUAUCUUUCAAGCUUCAAUUCUUACCUGACUAAGUCUGCUGAUUUUAUAGAACAAUCUGUUUUUUACUGGGAACAGAUGACAGAUGGGUUUUUCAUUUUUGGUGAAAGAGUAAAAAAUGUUAGUUUGGUGGCACUGAACAAUGUGGCAGAGUUUAUAUGCAAAUACAAACUAUUAUAAAGUCUUUCAAUUACACAGUUCUGCUUCUUGAUGGGAUUGUUGGAGAACACAGGAAUAAUUCAGAUCUGAUCAAGAUUUCAGUCUGUUUCUUUUUAAAGUAUUUCUUCAAUGUCAUUUGAAGUUUAGUAGUCCUAAACCUUCCCUUCCUUCUUAAAGACAGUUUUAAAAUAAAUACUGUUUCUCUAAAUUGCCUGAGUUUGUGCUGUGAUAGCGGAAGCGGGUCUAUCUGUAUCUCAUUGGUGAUCCCCAAGUCUGGAACUUUGAAACCAACUACGACACAUGAGCUGACACCACCUCUGUAACACAGAGUAUGUAAGUUCACACUACAUCUGUGAGUUAGAGCACACAUGAGCUGACACCACCUCUGUAACACAGAGUAUGUAAGUUCACACUACAUCUGUGAGUUAGAGCACACAUGAGCUGACACCACCUCUGUAACACAGAGUAUGUAAGUUCACACUCCAUCUGUGAGUUAGAGCACACAUGAGCUAACACCAAGUCGUGGAUGCAGGUAAUGGAGUGCUGAGUCAGCAAGUGUACUGUGAAGGCAAAGAUGCUCUUCUAACUGAAAAUUCUAAAACAAGGAAAGACCAUAAAACAUUGGAUUCCCAAGUUGGUUUUAGAGGAGUUUAUUAAUUUCUCGUGAUAGUAUCUUGCAUCUCUCCCUCUUCUAUUUUUGACAAGCCUCAUCUAGUAGAGCCUCACAAGUAUUGGAAUCACAGUGACCUUUGUCCUUGUGAAUUUUUCACUAAAGUACACUUAAUGUGCAUAAGUGGCACAUGUGGGAAGGGCAGGAGUUGGGAAAGCCAUCUUUUAACUGGUACCUAAUGUUGGGAUUGUGUUGCAAAGUGUCACAUUAACUGUAUAAGCAACCCAGUUCACUUUUCCUGCAGAAACUCAGGUGUAGUAAGACUCCCCUGACAAUCUGUUAAUAGAAGAGACAGUUGUUAGCCACCAGGUGAGGCUGAUGCUAUCCCCUCUGCUCAUUAAGAGAAUGAUGCGCACAGGACAGAAGUACUGACUCCUCUCUCCUUGCUUAGAAGUUAAAACAAAAUAACCCACCCUUAACUGCUUUUAGUCAGCCUUAUUUUUGUCAUGAAUAGAAUAGGCUCUUGAAGGCCCACAGAGUGAAAUGGAUUUUAGAUAGCCAAAUCUUGACCUCAACCUUCAAUUUUUGGUUGAGAAGAGGUAACAUGAACAGGGAUUAGAAGCUGGCCCAGAAAAGUGUCUUCUGUACCCAACCAGCCAUGAGAUGGUGCUGUGCAUUCUUAACAUGAGUCAUGAUCUAGCUAUUAAAUUACUAAGGGGGUUCUAAAACCAGAUAGUGUUUUCUAUAAAUUUUAUCUUGGCCACAAGGGCGUGGUAAAUGUCUGCAGAGAGAGUGGUUUUCUGCUCCUGAUGACACUGAAAUGCAGGUUUACUUUCGGGUUUCAAUGGAGAAUGAUUUCUUCAGUGCUGGAGGCAGCAGGAGACAGGAGAGGGAUCUAUUUGGAAACAUGAGAUAUACUGACAUUGUGUUUCACUUGCUGCUCUUUCCACUUUACAUACUGCAAGUUCCCAAGCAACUCACUUGCAAACACAGCUAUGGAUACACUAUUUGUCUUGACGAUAGUUACCUUGGAAUUUAUGUCUAGUUUUCUAUCUCCACUCCCCUGUUUCCUAAUCCUAUAUAACAUGGAUGGUAGCAGGUUGAGUUAGAGAGUUUUUAGGAGUCUGUUAUUGGUCUGUAGCCACUAGUGUGAAGCUAGGCAGGAUGAGUGGUCAGGACCUCGUCACUUUGAAUGUGGGAGGGAGGAUAUUCACAACAAGGCCCUCUACCCUCAAGCAGUUCCCUGCCUCUCGCUUGGCAGGCAUGUUAGAUGGCAGAGACCAAGAGUUCAAGACAGUUGAUGGCCAGAUUUUUGUGGACAGAGAUGGUGCUUUAUUUAGUUUCAUUUUAGAUUUUUUGAGAAAUCAUGAGCUUCUGUUACCCUCGGACUUUGCAGACCAUCAUAGGCUUCAGAGAGAGGCUCUUUUCUAUGAACUUGAUUCUCUUGUUGAUCUCUUAAGCCAAUUCCUGCUCCAAUCAAGAUCUGCUGUCAUGGAGGUCCAUUUCCUAAACCAAAAUACUCAAGCCUUCUUCAGAGUGUUUGGCUCUUGCAGCAAAACAAUCGAGAUGCUAAGUGGGAGGAUUACAAUGUUUGUAGAGCGACCCACAGCACUGACCGGGAACAGGAACUCCCCUCUGGCUUUACCUCCACAAAGACCUUCUCACCACGAUCUGCUUUUCCACUGUGGCUCCGAUGGCGCUGCUGAGAACCAAGCUGGAGUCAGGUAUUUUGAAUGCUGAAGCAUCUCUUCUAUUCAAGUUAGUUUUCUGAUAUUUUCUCUCAAAAUUGAAAAUUCUUUAUGCCUAACUAAAACUCCUCUUGGCAAAAGAAAAAAAAAGUUUAGACUAAUGUUCAAUAGAACAAGUAGUCAUUUUCUAAACGUGGACACUUACAGACUAAGGUACUGUUGAACAGGUAAUAAACCAACACUGCCCAGGGAAACUAGAAACUGCUCUGUGUGGUUACAACAGCAACUGGUUCUGUGGAUUAUAUUCCAUUGCUAAGGAAUGAUUUAGAAUGAUCCAGUUUGCUGCUUUUCUUCAGUGGAGAAGAAUAUUUUUAAAGCUGGUUUCAGGCAAAUCUCAUGGCAAAUUUAGUGUCCUGCUAUAGCUUUGGCUCUAUCACUGUUAAAAAUACUGGAAUAGGCUGUCAGUAUCUCAAGAAUGGCUGCCUUGUUCUGAUUUACUUGAGAUAAGAUCUUACUCUGUAACUCUGGCUGGCCUGGAAGUCUCAGGGCCUCUGUCCCCCAGUGCUGGCAUUGCAGGUGAGUACCACUGCCACACCUGCCUCUGCUGGAAUCAAAGGCUGAUUUCUGCCCUGUAGUCAGAGACACACUACCUCACCCCCUGUUAAAAAUGUCUUAGUGCUGUGUGUCAUUAUUAUCAACUGUGAAAACUAGUUUUAACUUUUAGGAGGAAAAUAGUUUUCAUGCAUUCAUUAUUUAGAGUAUUUAAAAGCAAGUCACGUUUGGAAGAGAGACAUAUUUUAGCCUGUACAGUAGCCAUCAGGUAGAAGCCUUCAAUGCUUCUUGCACAGCAUACUCCUUUGUCUCAGCUACCAACUAGAGGACAGUUGGCAGUGCAACUAAGUGUCUACACUUCCUUAUUUCUUGGUCUUCCAAAUAAAUUAUUUCCUUAUUUCUUGGUCUCCCAAAUAACUCUGUAGACCAGGCUGGUCUGGAACUCAGAAAUCCGCCUCCCUCUGCCUGGGAUUAAAGGCGUGCGCCACCACGCCCGGUUUGACUCCUAACUUUUUGUUACAUGUUUGGAACAGCGCGGACUUAUUUUUUUUCAAUUCAAUCUUAAAAAGACAUUAAAUUUUCAUAACAGAUAAUUAUAAGACCAGAAAAAAAUAUAUAUAUAUAUUUUAGAUGGGUCUCAUAGCCCUGGUUAGCCUUGACUGUCUCAUCCUCCUGCAUCUGCCUUCUGAGUACUAAGAUUAUAGACCUCACCCAGCUUGUGGUGGGAUUUUUGGUUGUUUUAAGUUUGGAGUUUCUUCUGGUGUUUAAUUUACAGAGUGCCAGUUUCAGGCUAGAUAUAGAAUCUAUAAAAUGACAUGAACAAGCCAGGCAGUGGUGGUGCACUCCUUUAAUCCCAUCACUUGGGAGGCAGAGACAUGCGGAUUUCUGAGUUCGAGGCCAGCCUGGUCUACAGAGUGAGUUCCAGGACAGCCAGGGCUACACAGAGAAACCCUGUCUCAACACCCCCCUCCCAAAAAUGAUAUGAACAUAAAUGGUGAUUGAGUAUAUGGCUAGUUGGCAAUUACUUAUUUUAGCUAGUUUUUGGUCUUAAUUUGUCUGUUCAGAUGUUUUUAGAUGGUGGAUAUGAUAGAAUAAGUCUGGCUGGCUUCAAUGUGUUUGUAGUUCUCUCUCAGGUUCUUGGUUUGUAUCUUUAGAUGUCCAUCCAUGUGACAAUAUACUUUAGUUCAAGUUAUGGCCUCAGGAUUCUAGAGUCUCUUCUGUAGCCAUUUUCUGAUCUCUCCUUUUUUAAACUAGAUGAAAAAGCAUAGUUGCCCUUAAAUUAAAAAAAAAAAAAAAAAGGUGUGGGGGAGAGGCGGGGGGGUGGGGGGGGGGAGGUGUGGUGAUGGUGCUUAGUGGGAGAGUCCCUGCCUGGGGUGCACUGCGAGGCCCUGGGCUCUAUCUGCAGCACUAGAAAUGCAAGCUCACAUUCUCCUUUUCUUUAGUUCAUCCACUUUUUAUAUGUAUGAAAUCCUUUUCAAUUUGAUCUCAGAGGGAAUCAGAUACAAUAGUUUUAGCUCAAUGAGUUAUUGUAAGAACAUUCUACUUUUUGUAAGUACCUACUACUUGCUAUUUGUAUCCUAGUACUUUUAUGAUAUUCUGUGACUUUCUGACAAAUAAUUUAGAUCUGAACUUGGAAGAUGAAGUGCUUUACUACUGUUAAAAUUUUGUACCAAACACAAUAAACCUUUCUUGAAAUGUG